GGGUUUAAGUUAAUUUAUAGCCUUACUUAUUUCUUUUUCUUUUCCUGUUAAAGUUAAUUUGGUGUAUUUUGUAUUCAUGCUUUACUCGUAUUGUCGUUUAUUGGUCACAUGGUGUUAUGUUCAUUUGCAUAAGUAGGUCAAGGUGGGAGGUACUUCAGGCUCGAGGGCAUAUGGUUUUUUACCAGCGUGAGAGAGGCAGCAGAAAUGUCUGUGAGCUUGCUUAUGUGUGUGAAUAAACCGCCUCAAACUCAAUCUUGUUAUGGACAUUACUUUGCUUUGGUACCUCUGAACCUGCGUAAAGCCUAACCAUGACGUAGCCUCGAGUGGCCAUUUGAGAAGUUUGUUAUUAUUUGUUUUUGUUUAAGUUUAUGGACAAAUAGCCACUACAAUAAGUAAAAAACCCGCCCUGGAUAUAUCGUUGGUUUACGUGGAUACUGGACUUGUCGUUUGCUGGAUUACCGUUUCGAAAGUGGAUUACUCACCUGGAUGCGGGAGACAAACAAAGGAAAGGGCCUAGGAGUGACGGAGGUGUGGGCUGGAUACAGUGCAAACAUCGAAUAAUACGACCCAUCCGACAGUGUAAAGUUUCCCUGGACACCGUACUGGAUAACGGUGAAGCUACUGGAGCGCUGGAGCUGCACUACGGAGUGGAGGAUAUUAUUUGCUGCAAUUUGAAUUCGCAAAGGCCCAAAGCCUUCACAGGUAACGCGCACGGCCGCGCGCAACAACAGCUACUGCGUGCAUUCAACUCCGUGUACAAAGGCAACCACCGCAACAAACAAAGUUCCACAAGAGUUGCAGAAAAGGACGUAGUGAAAGCGGACCAAGACCACUCCACCGCCAUGAAGACGGGGGCCUGUGGUAAUCAGAGUCUGGGUGAAGUAUGGCCUCUGCACUGCGUGUCUGGCAGCAAUUAUGGCAGCAAAGGGAAGAGGAUUAAGGUACUAUCCCAUCUCGGCCUUCUAUUAGUGGGAUUGAUGUUGUUGGCCACCCUCCCGUUUGGAGCAAGCAUCAAACAAUCUGUGCCCAGGGUCAAACUCAGCCAAAAUGAACUGCUGCGAGCCGGCAGUGUUUCUCUGCUGAUGGAGCCCUCCGAUGGUCUGCACUCCCACUCGCUGCUGCUGGACGAGGAGAGAGGUUGUCUUCUGUUGGGAGCAAAGGAUAACAUCUACCUGUUUGACCUCGACAAUCCGGCCGGAGCCCCCAGAGAGAUCCAUUGGCCGGCUCCCAGAGACAGAGUUGAUAUGUGCAAACUGGCGGGAAAAAAUGCAAAUUUGGAGUGCGUCAACUUCAUAAUGGUCCUCCACAACUACAAUCGCACACAUUUGUAUGCCUGUGGGACAGAAUCCUUCCACCCCAACUGUGCUUUCAUCGAAGUCACAGGCCACCGAGGGGUAAAGUGGAUAUCAGUGAAUCUCAGCAAUACAGCUGACGCAAGUUCAGGAGUUGCAUUGGAUUUUGUGAAAGUUUAUUGUCAGAACCUUUUACCGUCUCUCAGGAUGGCGUCCAGUACAGUCGAGUCUGGCAGAUUGAAAUGUCCCUUUGAUCCCUUGCAGCCAUUCACCUCCAUCCUCACAGAUCAGUACCUUUACGCGGGCACAUCCGACUUCCUGGGCAAGGACACUGGAUCAACGAACGAUGUGGGUGGGCUGAGGAGCCUGACCAAUAAAUGGACCACCUUCCUCAAAGCCAGACUUGUGUGUUCGAUCCCUGGAACAGACGGCAUGGACACACACUUUGAUGAGCUCCAGGACAUAUUUCUGCUCCCUACCAGAGAUGAAAAAAAUGCGGUCUUCACCACCUCCAGCUCCAUUUUCCGUGGGUCAGCAGUGUGCGUGUACAGCAUGGCAGACAUCAGAGCCGUGUUUAAUGGGCCGUACGCACACAAGGAAGGGCCCGACAACCGAUGGGUAGAAUACGAGGGAAGGAUCCCGUACCCCCGUCCCGGAACGUGUCCCAGCAGGACGUAUGACCCGAGGAUCAAGACCACGAAAGACUUUCCAGAUGAGGUGGUCAGUUUCAUUUGAUUCCAUCCUCUCAUGUAUCACUCCGUCUACCCUCUGACUGGCCGACCGGUGUUCACACGCGUCCGAGUGGACUACACCCUUUCCCAGAUUGUGGUGGAUAGAGUCCUGGCGGAGGAUGGACAUUAUGAAGUGAUGUUUCUGGGAACAGACGUUGGCUCGAUUCUGAAGGUGGUGAGCAUCACGCAGGACAAUUGGUCAACAGAGGAAGUGGUUCUUGAGGAACUUCAAGUGUUCCAGGUUCCCUCUCCCAUCCUCAGUAUGGAGAUGUCCUCUAAAAAGCAACAGCUCUACGUGGGCUCGAGUGAAGGACUAGCCCAUGUUUCAGUCAGUAGAUGUCAACUAUACGGCCACGCCUGUGCCGAAUGCUGUCUGGCACGAGACCCCUACUGCGCCUGGGACGGACACACUUGCUCACAAUACGUCCCUGCGUCCAAGAGGCGAGCCAGAAGACAGGAUAUCAAGCAUGGAGACCCUGCCAGUCAAUGCUGGGACACAGAGGACAGUCUCGUCGGGGGACGGUUGGAAGAGAGGGUCCUCUAUGGGGUGCAGAGCAACUCAACUUUCCUCGAGUGUAUCCCCAAGUCUCAACAGGGUCAGACUCGGUGGUACAUUCAGAGACUUGGAUCUGAGAAGGACACACGGCAACAGAAAGUCCGGCCGGAUGAUCGCGUGACACGCACAGAUCGAGGUCUCCUGAUCCGCUCCCUCCAACCCUCUGACGCCGGCGUGUAUGCCUGUGUUGCCGAAGAGCACUUCACCCACACUCUGCUCCAUCUCACGCUGCAACUCGUUACACAAGGACAGCUGGAUGGAAAGCUCAAUGCCAGCAAAGACCCGGCAAUGGAGCCGCGGCCCGGCGCCGAGUCCCGCCAGCGGUAUAAAGACUACCUGAGGGUGAUGAGCAGCCCCUUUGUGUCUCUGGAGGAGUACUGCGAUUCCCUGUGGCUGGAGAAGAAGCUGUCCCGGGUGCGGGGACGAGGCUUGGGGGCCGGCAAGUGGAAACAUAUGGAGGAAAUGAAGAAGAGCCGGAACAGGAGAUAACCGGGGGAGCGAGGGAGAGGGGUGAGGACAGCAAAGCAGUGAGGGGUGUGUCUGCAUUCACCGGUUGGACGAAGAAGCAGAACGUUACACAGAACUGCAAAAUUCUCAGCUCAGAGUAUACAAAAGACUCACUCUGAAAUAUACAGCUCAAGAGUUAAACUAGUAGCAAUUUUAAGUAGUGUUGGGUUAUGAAUAUGUCAUUCAAUGAAUCUGCCAGCAUCUGUCCUGAUUGCGGAUAACAUGGCUUUAAAUGAAAACAACGAGACUGAAUAACAAUAGUUAUCGCAAUACUUGAAAUUAAUUUGACAUUAGCCCUCCGUCGGCUUGAUCGGUCGUGGAGGAGAUGAGCAGAUUGACGGUCAUCCUACAGCAAAAGGGUUCGCCCCAAUAGUAUACAAUGACGGUUAAUAGGGGCGAUCAUUUGAUAUAUUGAAACCCAUAUUUGAGUUGGGAAAAAUAUAGAAGAAAAGUUUGCUUGUGGUGAUGUCAAUGCAUGUCAUGUUGAAUGACUGUAAAUAUAUGUAUACCAUGUACAGGAGAUAUAGAAUGCUCAAUUUGGUCUUUAUACUAAUCUGUUUAUUUGUAAUUAUACUCACAUACGUUUGGAAUGACAUUUUUUGCAAAUGUCAUUCCCACAAUGUAGGUUUAAUUGCUAUUUUUCGUAAUUGCUGAUUUUUAAAGUUAUCUAAAUAAAGUUGUCUCGGGCCUCUCUUCCCUGAA